AUGGCCGGAAAUACUCUUCUCAAACGAGUUUUCUCACUCACAUCAUACGAUGAGUUAUCAUUUUUUCAUUACCAAAUGCCUAAUACUUCAGCUUCGCCAAUUGCUCCCGCUGCGACCCCAUCCACUGGCUACAUGAACCAUUUGUUUGAAGAGCCUGAGGAACGCUUCGGAGACGAUCGACGAGUGACCUGCGUCCGACAGGACCCCUUAUUGCGUGCAGGGACAGCGGCCCGCGAUGCUUUUGAUCGGAAUAACCUUAUGAUGUUUGAAGUCCGAUUCAAAAUUUAUACCGACCAGGAGGUUGAUAUCAACACUCCCAAUCAGAGCACCCCCAAAGUUGGCGCUGGUAAGAAGGCAGUGAAGUCUUCUAAACUCAACCUGAUCGACUCGAAAGCGCUCAACUCCGGUUACCUUGAAAUGCAAAUCUGCCCGUAUGGAAAGAGUGUGAUCGAAUUUAAAGAGCUGGUGGCUGGAGAAUGUGAAAAAUUCGAGCCGGGUAUGAAGAACAUCAUUCUCAAUAGUCCGUUCUCAUCUGAGCUUAAGUGGAAAACCACCAUGGGCCAAACCAAGUCUUUGCUCACUGAUUACAAUCAAUGGCACACUUUGGUUGAGACUCUUGAUAAAUCAAUCAAAAAGAAGUGUAUCCUUUUGAUCGAGAAUGAGAAUGUACAAGUUAAAGCUAAAGAGGGUGACAAGGCAAAAUUUGGGCAUUGGCAGGCAUCCGCAACUAAGAAGCUCAUCGCCACGACUAACGGAGGCGGGUCCCAAGAUCGAGAAUCUGAGGAAUCUAUUAAAGAGCGAGAGUUAGCUACUAUUGCUAACAAGAUAUUUAGCCAAUAUGCCAUCGAAAAGUCCUCCGGAGGACCAGGCAAGGUCUUGACCGCUCCAUGGGAUCCCACUUUUUUCUAUCGUUUGACUUAUGCGGCCGCGUGGAUUUGGGCCAACGGGGUGGUGGCCAAGAUCGCGACCAACGACAUCCCGCCGAAUACUUCUGAGUUCAGGUAUGAAAUCAAGAAGAGUCGCUGGAUCCACCCUGACAUGGGGGUGGAUCAUCGCGUGGACCUUCGAUUACAAGGUAAACCUCGAGGUUCACAUGGAAAUCGAGUUCCUCAAGUUGUGGCCGGUGGAUCGAGUAUAGGCAAAAAACGUGAAGGGUCCGGUUCAGGUGAGAUGAAUGACAUCAAGCCAGAUAUCAAGAAGAUUAAAGUGGAACCACAAGCCAAAAAUACUAUCCAAAACCCGAUUUAUAUAUCUAGUGAGUAUGAGAGCGACUGGAACACUGAAAGCGUCAGUAGCAGCCACUCCAUUGAGAUCGAAAACCCCUCGGCCUCUCACUCGGUCGAGUUGGAACUCUUCCUUGCCGACUGCGAGAUUGCUAUGGACGACGAAAAGACUCGAACUGUGCUUAAAGAAGCGGGUAUCAAGUCCUGGACUGACUUGAUACCUAGUCUUCAACUCACUGAGGCGACGCUCACCAAGAAAGGUUUAGAACGUCAAAUUGCUAACCGCCUCCUUACUGAAGCACAAGCUCGCUUUUCCAAAUGUAAGUUUUUGGAUGACGUUUUCACAAUCACUUCCUAG